CUCAUAAAAGGCAGGAAUGUGUGUGUGAUAAAACAUUGUUUUGCACAGGACUGCAAGUAGUUCGUUUUGUUUCCAUUAAACAGUCAACUAGCGGGGAUGGACAAGGCCGGCGCGAAGCUGAAGGAGUGUCUGCAGGGCAACCUGCUGACCUCGCUGACCCUGGGCGGCGCGCUGCUGGGGGUCGUGCUGGGAGUGUGCCUCAGGCUGGCGGGCGGGGAGGAGGGCUGGACGGACCGCGAGAUCAUGUACAUCGCCUUCCCGGGGCAGAUCUUCCUGCAGAUCCUGCGAGCUAUCAUACUGCCGCUGAUGGUGUCAUCCAUCGUGUCCUCCAUCGGCUCUCUGGACCUGAAGAUGUCGUGGCGCAUCGCAGUGCGCGCCAUGGCCUACUACAUGCUGACCACGGUGACGGCCGUGGUGCUGGGCAUCGUGCUGUCGGCCGUCAUCCGCCCGGGAGCCGGCAGCAGCUCGGAGACCACCGGCGGCUUCUCGCGCAAGACCACCACCACUGACGCCAUGCUGGACCUCGUCAGGAACAUGUUCCCUCCGAAUAUUGUUCGGGCAUGUAUGGCUAGGUUCCAAACCGUUCUAAUUGAGCCCACAUCUGAAGAACUAGAAGCGGCGGCGGACGCCGGCAGGAACCUGACGGUGCUGGACUGGAAGAUCGACGGCCAGUACACGGACAGCACGGACACCAUAGGCAUGGUGGUGUUCGCCAUCGCGCUCGGCAUCGCCGUGUCCAAGAUGGGCGAGGGCGGUCGGCCGCUGCUCGACCUCUUCGACACGCUGGGCGACGCCACCAUGGUCAUGACGGGCUGGGCCAUAUGGCUGUCGCCCGUCGGCGUGCCGAGCCUCAUCUCGUCGCGGAUCCUGCAGAUGGAGAGCGUGACGGCCAUGGCGGGCCAGCUGGGCUGGUACCUCAUGACCGUGUACCUGGGGCUCUUCCUGCACGGCGGCGUUGCCAUCCCGCUCUUCUUCACCAUCGCCACCCGGCAGCUGCCCUUCAAGUUCCUGUACAACAUGGCCGAGGCGGCGGCCACCGCCUUCGGCACGCUGUCCAGCAGCGCCACGCUGCCCGUGUCCAUGAAGUGCGUGGAGGAGAAGAACAAGGUGGACCUGCGCGUGUCCAAGUUCGUGAUGCCCAUCGGCGCGACCAUCAACAUGGACGGCUCGGCGCUGUACGGCGCCGUGGCGGUGCUGUUCAUCGCGCAGAUGAGGAACAUCCCGCUCAGCUUCGGCCAGUACUUCAUCGUCUGCCUGACUGUGUCGCUGACCAGCAUUGGCAUGUCCGGGAUCCCGCAGUCCAGCCUCAUAGUGCUCGUGAUGGUGCUGGACACGGUCGGCCUGCCGCCCAGCGACGCCUCCUUCAUCAUCGCCGUCGACUGGAUGAUGUGAGUGGCUGGCGCACAAUGAUCUCUCCCCCCACACACUCUCUCCACCACACUCCCACACACCACUCGCAGUCCAGCCUC